CCCAAGCCAGACCAGAGCAACCUCCCGUUCCUCCAUCUUGAACUUCCAGCUCCGAACCGAUCGCAGCACACACGCCUCUCACAGCAGGAACCAUGAUUCGCCCAGCCAUCACUUUCGCCGCAUGUGCCUGCCGAUCAAGCGGCCAAGGCGCCCGCGCCCAGGUGCGCGCCUACGCCUCAUCUUCCGGCGGCGCUGGCAACUCUUCGAACUUGCCCCUAGUCCUCGGUCUCGGGGGGCUGGCCGGCCUCGGGGGUUGGUACGCGCUCGGCGGCUUCAACUCGACGGACAAGGCCAAAAACAACGCAAAGGAGCUUGCGGAGAGCGCCAAGAGCCAGGCCAAGGCCGGCGCCACAAGCGUCAGCGGUGCCUUGGACAAGAGCACCUUCAAGGAGUUCACGCUCAAGGAGAUUAAGCCGUACAACCAUGACAGUGCUACCCUGGUUUUCGAACUGCCAGACAACCAGACUUCUGGACUUUCCGUUGCCUCUGCCGUCCUCUUGAAGGCCGCCGAGGGAGCUGCGCCGCUUAAGGACAAGAACGGCAAGGACAUCAUACGCCCAUACACCCCGGUUACCACACCCGACACACAGGGCCACAUUGACUUUUUGAUCAAGAAAUACAGCAACGGUAACAUGUCCAAGUACACGCUCGAUCUCAGGCCUGGCGACAAGAUUGCAAUCAAAGGUCCGAUCCCCAAAUUCCAGUACCAGGCAAAUGAGUUUGAGGAGAUUGCAUGCAUCGCCGGCGGGUCCGGCAUCACGCCCAUGCUGCAACUUGUUCAAGCGAUCCGUGAUAACCCAGAGGAUAAAACACGCUUCACGCUGAUCUACACGAACAAGACCGAGCAGGACAUACUCUGCCGCGAGGAGUUUGACAAGCUGGCCAAGGCGAACCCGGACAAGUACAAGAUCAUCUACGGACUUGACUUGGCUACCAAGGGAAGCCGCACCGCGGCGUUCACGGGCUACAUCACACCGGAGAUACUUAGCAAGUACCUACCCGCACCCGACAAGGCAGACCGCAUCAAACUCUUCGUCUGCGGCCCACCGCCACAAGUCGAGGCCAUCUCAGGCGGCAAGGGUCCUAAGGGCAGCCAGGGCGAGCUCAAGGGCUUGCUCGCUGACGCUGGCUACCAGCCUUCCCAAGUGUACAAGUUCUAAGCUCGCCGAGUUAGGCUCUGCAAGUCCAGCAUGUAGUCUGAUGCCGCGCAAAAAGAAGCAGUCUAGGGGCAAUAAUAGUCACGAUACUCGCUCGCAAAAUAGGCUGGGGCAAUCAUGAAUGUGAGAUAAAGUUCAGCUCACAAUCAAUGAGCUGUGUUGUGACUUGUGAAGGAGGAAUUAGGUCACACGUGUCACAGGAAGUAGAUAGGAAAAUGACACUCAAGCCUGGAAAUGAUCGCUAUUUGCUUCACGCGGCACGCAACACACAUGU